UACCGCUUGUUGGCUUGUUGUGAGCAGCUGACGCUGACGUGUCUGUACUCUAUAAAGUGAUUUAAAUUAAAAAUUGUGAAAAUAAUGUGAAAUAGAAUACAGUGAAUGUGCUAAAGAACACGUGCAUACUCUGUGUUAAUUAGAUCUAGUGUAUUAAAUCGAUUAAAUUCAGAAAUAAUAGGAAGUCCAAGUGAUACAUUUUUUAUAAAUCAAUCGACAUGAAGCGAUACUUAAAGUGCAUCCUACUUUUAUUUCUAAUGUCAUCUGUAAGUUCAGUAGACAAAAACAAUUUUAAAACAUGCGAACAAAGCAGUUUUUGCAGGCGUUUGAGAGGUAUAAAACAGAACAAUUCAAAUUACAAACUAGAUGUAAAGACAUUAUUAGUGUCGGAUAACUCAGCUGAAGCAGAACUCAGUAAUGAUGUAGGAAAAUUUAAACUAACUCUUUCAGCUUUAGCAGAUAACACAUUUCGCGUUUUUGUUGAUGAAAUAAAUCCCUUAUAUCCUCGGUAUAAAGUCGAGGGAGUUCUAGUUAAGGAGCCUGAUGUCUCUAAAUUAGAAGUUUUGGAAAAGAAUGAUAAUAUUAUCACUAUCAAGUCUCAGAAUAAGAAAGUUGUAAUUCACACAACACCUCUUAAGAUCGAGUUUUAUAAUGAUAAUGAUAAGAUAGUAGCAGUUGUUAAUGCAAGAGGCUUAUUUGAAGUUGAACAUUUAAGAAAUAAAAAGACUGAAGGGGAUGAAAAUGUGGAAUCUGCAGAUCAAAUUCCUAAGGAAGAUCCAGGAGCUUGGGAAGAAAAUUUUAAAACUCACCAAGAUAGCAAACCAAGAGGUCCAGAAGCAGUUGGUACUGAUAUCAGUUUUCCAGGUGCACAUCGGGCUUAUGGAAUACCAGAGCAUGGUGACCGUUUGAGUCUUAGAAGUACCAACCCAGGAGGAACAGAACCAUACAGAUUAUACAAUUUGGACGUUUUCGAAUAUGAAUUAGAUAGUACUAUGGCGUUGUAUGGUGCCGUGCCCAUGCUCUAUGCUCAUGGUCCUGAUGGAACUGUUGGUAUAUUUUGGCACAAUUCUGCAGAAACUUGGGUAGAUGUAUCAAAUAGUAUAGUCAAUGGCGUUUCAUCUUUCCUUGCUAAUUUAGUAUCAGAUAAUGACAAGUCACAAGUAGACGUCCAUUUCAUGAGCGAGAGUGGUGUCAUUGAUUUGUUUGUUUUCCUCGGCCCCUCUCCAAAAGCAGUCGCCCGUCAAUAUGCAUCCAUAACAGGAGUAGCUCCAUUACCUCAACUGUUUGCCAUUGGUUACCACCAAAGUCGAUGGAAUUACAAUGAUGAAGAUGACGUUCGUUCAGUUAUUAACAAUUUCGAUGAGCACGACAUGCCUGUCGAUGUUAUUUGGCUCGACAUUGAAUACACCGAUGCUAAAAAGUAUUUCACAUGGGACCCCAUAAAAUUCAAACAUCCCGACGUUAUGGUCAACAAUCUGACAUCAACUGGUCGCAAACUAGUCGUUAUCAUCGAUCCACAUAUCAAAAGAGAGGGAGGCUACUUUUUCCAUGAAGAUUGUCUAGCUAAUGAUUACUACGUAAAAACAAAAGAUGGGAAAGUCUAUGAAGGUUGGUGCUGGCCUGGUUCUAGUAGUUAUGUUGACGUGUUUAACCCCUCAUUUAAAGAAUACUAUGCAAACAGCUAUUCGUUAGAUAAUUUCAAGGGUACAACCAAUGAUGUACACAUUUGGAAUGACAUGAAUGAGCCCUCAGUUUUUAAUGGGCCUGAAGUUACCAUGCCCAAAGACUGCGUACAUUACGGAGGCUGGGAACAUAGACAUGUACACAACAUUUAUGGUCUCUAUCAGACAAUUGGUACUUUCGAAGGUCUUUUGAAAAGAUCUGCAAAUAAACUUCGACCUUUCAUUCUCACCCGUUCCCAUUUUGCUGGAUCUCAACGUUAUGCUGCUGUGUGGACUGGGGAUAACGCUGCUGAGUGGUCCCAUUUACAAAUUAGUUUUCCCAUGUGCUUAUCUGAAGCCCUGGCAGGAAUAAGCUUUUGUGGAGCUGAUGUGACAGGCUUUUUUCAUAAUCCUGAAGUAGAAUUAAUUCAAAGGUGGUACCAGGCAGGUAUUUGGCUCCCAUUCUUUAGGGCUCAUGCUCACAUUGACACAAAACGAAAAGAGCCAUAUUUAUUUAAUCAAGACGUUCGCAAUCGGAUACGUAAUGCUUUAAGACUGCGUUAUGCAUUUAUGCCCCUGUGGUACACCCUUUUCUGGGAGCACGAGACUACGUCUGAACCAGUUAUUCGACCCCUGUUUUAUCACUAUCCCACUGAUCUUAAAACAUAUGAUAUUGAUGAUGAAUUACUCGUUGGAAAUUCUGUUCUUGCAAGACCCGUGACUGAAGCUGGAGCCUCAUCAGUAAAUAUUUAUUUGCCUGGAGGUGAGACAGAAUUUUGGUAUGNAUUACUUCUGAUUAAAUUAGAUAGGCACGUGAAAGAUGCUGAUUAUCCUAGCAAAGCCUGGAUAGAAAAAGUUGUUGUUAUAAAUCCUCCCACAAACGUAAAGAAAGCAAUUUUGAACAGCAAAGACGUUUCUGAACAAGUACUCAAAGUAUCCUAUGAUAAAGAAGAACGUUCGUUAGUAAUACGUAAGCCUGCCGUAAGUGUAAGAGACACAUUUACAAUUGAACUGAAAAAUUAGGUCUUUGGAUUAAGAAAAUAAUUUUGUUGUAAUAAGGUAAAAUAGAAUAUUCAAUUGUUAGAAAUGAUUUUGAAAUUCUCUAUUCGAUGUGGUAGCUGGGAAUCCUUAGGAAAAAUAUUCAAAAAUUUAGGACUUUUCAAACUGAUUAAUGUUAUUCCGUAAAAUGUUGUUGCAAUCGACGUGUUCGUUUUUAAGAAUGUAAAUUAAGUGAUCCUGUUGCUGUGUUAAAAUGGUAAUAAUAAAAAAUAGUAUUCUUAA